AUGGUCACAGCAGAGCCUUUUCUCUCCACUGACAGUCUGAACCACACAAAUUGCAAUCCCAAACCUAACUCCGCCCCUCCACUUGCUCUCUCGAACCGCCACACGGCUGAGAUGAACGAAGGCGGCAACAUGAACGGGAUGGGCGGCGGCCACAUGAAUGGAAUGGAUGGCGGCAUGGGUAUGGCGCCACCGCCGGGUGUCUUCAACCCCCGCCACAUGAUGAUGCACAUGACCUUCUUUUGGGGAAAAAACACCGAGAUAUUGUUCAGCGGCUGGCCGGGAAACAACAACUCCGGCAUGUACGCUCUCGCCCUGGUGGUGGUGUUUCUCCUGGCGGUUAUCGUCGAGUGGCUCUCGCACUGUAAUUACAUCAAAGAAAGCUCCAAUCGCAUAGUGGCGGGGCUGCUUCAAACCCUAAUGUACGCUAUAAGGGUUGGUUUGGCCUACAUGGUGAUGCUGGCCGUCAUGUCUUUCAACGCCGGCGUUUUUCUGGUUGCAAUCGCCGGCCACACCGUGGGAUUCUUCAUAUUUGGUAGUAGAGUUUUCAAGAAACCAUUGCCGCAGGCUGGUUACGUGAAAGCCUCGGAUCUUCCUCCGAUGAGUUGCUGA